UCGUAAGCUUAAGAGCGAGUGGACAGUCAUGUCGGCCGACGAUAUACUAGUGACGGGAAUGGGCGGUCGGUUCCCCCUCUCGGCCAACACCGACGAGUUCGCGAAGAAUCUGUUCGAUGGCAUCGAUAUGGUUACCGAUGAUGACAGCCGAUGGCCAAUGGGUUUAUACGAUAUAUCGAACCGAAUGGGAAAGAUUGAUGAUUACAAACUAUUUGACUCCACAUUCUUUGGGCUCAUGGAUCAGAUGGUGGAUGAGAUCGACCCCCAGUCCCGCAUGCUUUUGGAGACAUCGUAUGAGGCCAUGUUGGAC